AGGGCCCGCAAAUUAUUAUUAAUACGCUCUGUGCGGCGACCCUCCGCGCAUUUUCCAACUUGAUAUGAAGUUCAAAAUAUGCGUUUAUUUCGGUUUAUUUGCGUGCAUGUGUUAAGCUCGCUACAUAGCUGCGGCAUUCAACAAGAAUUUCCAGCCGAGAUUUUAUCCUGAGCACAAGAUUACACAGGGGAUGAGCGAAGGGAUUGUGUUACUGUGACUAUUUGAUCGACGUCACUUAAUGAGUAUCGCCGGUGGGGAGGGUCGGACAUCAGCUAUAAAGGGGAACCGUGAGUCCGGCAUCGGGCCUCUGAGCUCCACGCUUUUGUGUCAAAUUAGUGCUCAUCGUCGCCACAGCAGCCAUGGUUUCAAACAGGUUUCUAUUAUUGCUUUGCCUUGCUGUCAUCCUGAGCUACGCUUCAGCAUGGCAGGAAUACGAUCGAGGCAGGAGAGAAAGCAAACCAUGGAAGGGAAAUGUGGAAAAGAAUAUUAAUUCAAAGAAUCGCGUGCCUCUACGUGAAAAGCAAAGAAAUGCCUACAACAAUGACGAAGAAAACUACAGAAGAUACCACCAUGCAGGUGACUGGUCGAACCAGCACACGCCAGCGCCGCAGAGUGGCGGUAACUACUGCGACCAGUACGCGCACGACCCUUACAAGCACGCCAAGUGUGUGGCGCAGCGCGCGCCCCGGCAGCCGGCCAACGACCCUCGGUGCCAGCGUUACGUGUACGAGGAGCCGCAGAAAUUAGCCCUGUGCGAACAGCGGGCCCAGGGAUCAGCAACCCAGUUCCCCCACUGCCAGCAUCACGAGUACGACCCCUACAAGCUGGCAAAGUGCGAACGCAAGGCUCAACAGGCCCAGGGCGCCUUCCACGGCCAGACCCUGAAGGCCCCGCAGUGCAGCCGCUACCUUAACGACCUCUAUAAGCUGAGCCAGUGUGAGGACCGCGCCCAGGGAGGAGCAACUCAGGUGCCACAAUGCCAGCAAUUUUCGUAUGACCCUUACAAGUUGAGCAAGUGCGAACGUAAGGCCGAGUUCUGGAAUGAAUUCAAGUUUGACCCCGCGCUGACCACCAGCACCAAUCCGGCCUGCCAGCAGUACGCCUAUGAUCCAUACAAAAUGCAAAAAUGUGAUUACAAACUGGCCAAGAUGAUGGCCGGUCAAGUUGAUUACUCGUAAUAGUAUAGAUACGAGUACAUAUAUUAUGUCUUGUUGUUUGUGUCCUUAAAAUAGUCAUAUUAUUGCAGUGUUACUUUAAACUGUUUCAGCCAUGUUUACAAAAAUCUCAUAUGAAAUAAAAGUCUGUCAUUUAUUA